GUUUUUCUCUGGUCUGACGUCAUUUUGGAUAUAAAGUGUCUCCUCGACCCUUCGCGUUAAAUACGUUCUUACAGUUUUAUCUUAAUUUUGUCGAGGGUGACGACGCAAACAUGUGUUUACAUGUUUCCUGGCUUUUAUGAAACGACGCUUUAAAAUAACUGGUUAUUGAAAAGGGAUUGCAUAGAUCUAAUAUUUCUUGUGGAAGAAAUCUCCUCGUGUGACCAGAAAGAAUGAGUAACAGAUGGGCUGCACAUACCUGGGUGAAAUUGAGAGCAUUUAUUCUGUGGCAAACCCAUGCUCGCAAAUCAGCGCCUUCAUUUUUAUUGUGUGGUACUUCUCACUGUAGGCUUCAUGUUCAACAGCCUGUUUUCUACACGGUUGCCUGUGUCAGCUGGAAGCACAUCCACCACCCGAAGAGCAGGAGUCGUAGAGGAUGGCUUUUUAAAGCAAACCAAAUUAGACAGAGACUUGGACUCCACACCAGUCCCAUUUAUUUGAAAACUUCAGCUUCAAGUUGGUCUGCUGGUUUGAGCCAACACAUGUCGCGGGUCAGGAACACUCUAGACUCAGUUUCUAAAGCUGUGAGUGGGACACACACAGAACUUCUCUCCAAAAUUGCCAGACUCAAGCCUAAUGUUCUAAAAGGGAGAAAAAACGGUGAUUUCAAGUCCAAUUCAAAAGCUGAGGAGAGUACAAUCGCCACCAGUAAUGCUGUGCCUGCUUCUACAUCGACUCCAACCAAAACAUCUGCUGCUACCCCUUCUCUUCCCAGUCCUGGUGCUAUGUUUGAUGCAAGCGCCACCAUUUCUCAUCCUCAGAGUUCUACCCAAGAAGCAACCACUUCUACAAAUGUAAUUGUGCACGAACAUAAGGAUAAAGGGCUUAUGAAUGUUGCCCCUGCUGUCGAAGCCAGUUGUGCCACAAAGGAAGAAGAGUGUAAAUCUUUACACAAUGAUCCUGAAAACAAGAGCUUGGCAUCCUUACCACCCACUGACCUUUUCCAUCCCAGCAACUUUUCUGUCAACCUGGAUGAAACCUACAACUAUCUUUCCCAUCACAUCAACUCUUACUUUGGCACCAGUGCAACGACUCAGGGCAAAAAAGUGGAUAAUGUUGACACAAGUUCUGCUUCUUCUCAGGGUCAACAAAGUAGUGACCUUGUGUCAGUUUCUGGGAAAACAGGCUCAGCAGCUACAGAGAACCCCCCCCUCUCUAAAAAGGGUUUAGGACACUACCUGUCUUACUCUGCUCCAACCGUACAAGCAUUUGUGGGAAACUACAUUGCUCCCUUGGUACCCAAGUUUAGAACAGGGGAGUCAAAAAGUGCUAUUGCAGAGGAAAAAAAGCCCGAAGAUGUUUCAGUAAAACAGGGUGAGGCCACAAUUAGUAAAGAACAGAAGGCUGCAGAUGAGAAAGCCAAGAAACUACUUCUUCAAAGGGAAAAGAUCAUUGCCAGGGUGAGUGUGGACAAUCGCACCCGGGCUCUUGUCCAGGCUUUACACCGGGCAUCAGAUGUAAGGGUCUACAUCAGUAGAGUGGAGGAUCUCAGCUACCAUCUGCUAGAAUUCCCUGAGACCCGUGGUGUUGCAGUGAAGGAAAAAGUUAUCCCUUGCCUACUGCGGCUGAAGCAGGCCAGUGACCCAGGCUUGAGGGCAGCAGUCAGAGAAGCCCUGGCUUUGGUGGGCUACCAUAAACCUGUUAGGGGCCGUGGUAUACGGAUCCUUUCAAUAGAUGGAGGAGGUUUGAGAGGAAUUCUUGCACUUCAGUCGUUACGGAAGCUGGAAGCCCUGACCGGCAAACCCAUUUACAAACUGUUUGAUUAUAUUUGUGGUGUCAGCACAGGUGCUAUUCUAGGGUUCAUGCUAGGAGUGUUCCAAAUCCCUGUGCAAGAAUGUGACGAUCUUUACCGGAAGCUGGGCUCAGAUGUUUUUAAGCAGAACGUUAUUGUUGGCACCGUCAAGAUGAGCUGGAGUCAUGCUUUUUAUGACAGUGAAGCCUGGGAGAACAUCCUCAAAGAGAAAAUGGGCUCUCACCUUCUGGUGGAAACUUCAAGAAACCGUGAAUGCCCCAAGGUGGCAGCAGUGAGCACCGUCGUCAACAGGGGCACCCCUCUGAGGGCAUACGUGUUCAGGAACUACAACCUGCUGCCCGGGGUGCGCUCACACUACCUGGGAGGAUGCCAGCACCAGCUCUGGGAGGCCAUCCGAGCCUCAUCAGCAGCACCUGGGUAUUUCCAGGAGUUCACCUUGGGGAAUGACGUCCACCAGGACGGAGGCCUGCUGAUUAACAACCCCACAGCGCUGGCUAUCCAUGAGUCCAAGUGUUUGUGGCCCAACGCACCCUUGGAGUGUGUGGUGUCACUGGGCACCGGCCGCUUCGAAACCCCGGGCCGAACGAAUGCCACCUACACCAGUCUCAAAACUAAAAUCACAAACGUCAUCAGCAGCGCCACAGACACCGAGGAGGUUCACACCAUGCUCGACGCCUUUCUGCCCGCCGACACGUAUUUCCGCUUCAACCCGUACAUUAGUGAGGACAUCUCCAUGGACGAGAACCGGCAGGAGAAGCUCAACAUGCUGCAGGCCGAGGGCGCCCGCUACCUGGAGAAGAACGAGCAGAAGCUGCAGAAGGUCGCCCGCAUCCUCACCCAGGAGAAGGGCUCCGUCCAGAGGGUGGCGGAGUGGCUCAGGUUCAAGGCCGACAUGUACAACGGUCUGUCUCUGUAUCCCUCCAAGUCCUAAAUCCAGCAUAAGCCACUUUUACCUCAAACGGAAACUUUCCCCUUCUUCUUAAUUACCUGGAGUGUCAUUUUUCCGUGAUUAAGGUCUCGUAGUUGCUAACUUAUUGACCUGUAUGUCUAAAUGCACAAGGUGAUGCGGCCAACAUGCCAAACACUAGUUUCUCCUCAGUCAUGCUUCACUUUUAACGAUACAUUUGUGUGUUUGCCGUUCAAGAUGUGGUUAUUGGGGCUGUUUGAAGUGAAGGAUGCUGCCAACAUUUCAGGAUUAGACUGGAAACCGAGGCUAACAGCUGGUGCGGUCUACUGGAAACAGACUCCGCCUACAGAGGUGCAUUAACCCCACCACCUCUUCACUGUAGCUACAUGUUUAGCCUACACCUUUCACUUAAUUAGUAGGAAACCAAGUAAGCAUCGUUUCUAAAACCUAUUGCUUGUAAAAAAAAAAAAAAAAAAAAGGCCCUGUGGUCGGUCCUAAAUGUUUUUACAAUGGGAGCACUUUUUAAACCACGUGGUUCUUUUACACAAGUGUCAUUUCAGUCAGCGUAAACUCACCAUCCUGUGUUGUUUUUUUGAACAGAAACAUGCCUGAAGGGGAUUUUUAUCAUUAAUGUUGUGUUUGUUGAUCUAAGCUGCCAACGCUGUAAAACAGGAAUGUAACGGAAUGACUGAAAAACAUUUUUUUUGUAAAUGGUCUCGAGGAUAAUCAAACAUUUGCACAUUAACAAUGCAGCUACUGGUCAACUGUGUAAUUCUAUGUUUUAGUUUAUGAGACCUCCUUGUUUUAUGCAACAUGUUUUACUCACUAACGUCUAAAACCUGCAGCAAAGUAUAAGAUGGAAGAUUUACUCUGAUAUUUAAUUCUAAUAUAUAAUAUAGUUAUCUUUUAGCUCUAUUGAAUAAUGAUGGUUUACUAUGUACACCCUAUAAUUGCCCAUGGAGGAGCCUCUGCUUCCUACUGAUAUAACGCAUGUGUUAUUUUAGCUCCAGUGUCUUCAGUUGACACUUUUGUCAGUGCAUGUUCGAUUGUCUGUUUGCUUUUACGGAUUCCCCACUGGCGAUGCACAUGUUCUGCUCUGUCCUCCGUCUCCCCUCUGUCUCUUUGAUGCCUCUCCUCAAAAACUUGACGCAUCGCUACUGCAUUUCAAUCUCCGCUCUGCUGUAUUAUCGCCGUUGUUGAAGUUUUGCAGCUUGUGACUGAAGCGCCCACGUUGAAAUGACAAUGCUUGGCUGAAAAGGAUCGCGUGUUGCCGCGUGUUGCCGCGUUUUGCACCGUGCGUGUUUAUUUCCAUGCCUGACCCGGUCGAGUACUGUUUACAGAGUAAUGUGUCGUUCACACCCAGAGGACCUGAUGUAAAUGGACGCAGAUCAAUAUAAUUCCACUGUUCUCCUGUUGGUCAUGUGUAAAGACUCUUUGAGAGUGUGUGUAAUUAAAACCCAUCACUGAACCUUG